ACUUUGCUGUUCAAUAAGAUUCUCAUCCAACUGGCUUUCCCAGACCACUUGGAAACUUCAUCUUAUUGCAUUUUUUUUACAUUAACAUUUGCCUGGCCCUGUCUCUUUAAAUAAUUUUCACAAUCAAUCUCUCUGCGAUCACUCGAAUUUCAUACCUAAUGGCUCGGUUCUUCGACGUUCUACUUGUACUGUCGCUUUCUCUUAGUUUCUGUCUGCUCCCCGAGACAGCAUCAGCUCAACUAAGACGAAAUUUCUAUGCUAAAACUUGUCCCAACGUAGAAUCCAUUGUUAGAAAUGCCGUUACUCAGAAAUUCAGACAAACUUUUGUCACUGUCCCUGCUACCAUCCGUCUCUUCUUCCAUGAUUGCUUUGUCCAGGGAUGUGAUGCUUCGGUAAUCAUUCAAUCCACCGGCAGCAAUAAAGCCGAGAAGGAUCACCCGGAUAACCUGUCAUUAGCCGGAGACGGGUUUGACACGGUGAUCAAAGCUAAACAAGCUGUGGAUGCGGUUCCUGGUUGCAGAAACAAGGUUUCAUGUGCUGAUAUAUUGGCGAUGGCAACUCGGGAUGUGAUUGCUCUGUCAGGUGGACCGUCUUAUGCUGUUGAAUUGGGGAGAUUGGAUGGGUUAAGCUCCACAGCUGCUAGUGUCAAUGGAAAGUUGCCUCAACCAACUUUCAACUUGAAUCAGCUCAAUUCUCUGUUUGCAGCAAAUGGGCUCUCCCAAGCAGACAUGAUUGCUCUUUCAGCCGCACACAGCGUCGGAUUCUCUCAUUGCAGCAAGUUUUCAAACAGGAUAUACAGCUUCAGCCGUCAAUCUCCGGUGGACCCGACACUCAACCGGGUGUAUGCGACUCAACUUCAACAGAUGUGUCCCAGGAAUGUGGAUCCCAGUAUAGCCAUCAACAUGGACCCGAACACACCCAGGAGAUUCGACAAUGUUUACUACAAGAACUUGCAACAAGGCAAGGGUCUGUUCACCUCCGACCAGGUUUUAUUCACGGACCAGAGGUCUAGGCCUCUGGUAAACGCAUGGGCCGCCAAUUCACAAGCUUUCAACAAUGCCUUCGUCACCGCCAUUACUAAGCUCGGACGCGUAGGUGUUAAGACGGGGAGGAACGGGAACAUUCGUAGGAGGUGUGACGCUUUUAACUGAGAUGUUUCUCAGAGGUUGUUGAGGAUUAAGCCGUUGGCAGACAUGUUUUCAGGGUUUGGAAUGUGUCUAUUGUUUAAUUUCGGUUGAGAUUACUUGGUCCUGUAAUAAGUUGGAUAAAGGGUUCCUUUACAUUGUCAUAAAAGUCAAAGAAUAAAAGUGACGGGUUAACAGAAAAAAUGACGAUUGAGCCUAGCUUGGAUCGAUUGUCAAAAAUGAAUUAAUGUUCA